AUGGAUUUUCUGACCAAACAUCGAGCAAUCAUCGACCUUCAAUCAAGACAGAUCACACUUUCCACGGGCCAAACCAUUCAGUCGAAGACCUCCCUAGGGCACCACGCCAUCCUGCGUGUUCUAGAUGAAGAAGUAAGCAUUCCACCAAGGUCAAGCGUCAUAAUACCAGUGGUUACAGGCAACACCGAGGAUGUUGAAAGCGUGAUGGAGGGAAACAGGCAGUUCCUUUUAGACCGACAGCUUGGCGUCACCAGAGGCAUCGCUUACUUCAAGAAUGGACAAGCUGACGGGCUCGUAACCAACUUCGGCAGGGAACACCGACACCUCCACAAAGGCAGCACGAUUAGCUUCUUAGAUGAAGUAGGGGACACUCCAGGCACGUUCGCCAUCUCCGACCAGUCUCACCAAGACUCGCGAAUGCAAAACCAGCCACCUGCAUUCGACAUCAACCCUGAGCUUCCCAGCGACAGGCAAAAUCAGAUCCGCAUUCUCCUAGAAAGCUACGGUCACUGUUUCGCAACCUCGUCCGAGGUGCCGAAAACACCAAUUGCCAAGCAUCGGAUCAUAACCAGCGAGCACGCCCGACCUCUCCGCCAAAGCCCGUACCGUGUGUCGCCGCGAGAGCGUGAAGCGAUUCGGAAACAAGUGGACGAAAUGCUUCGCGAUGACGUCAUUCAACCUUCGAAAAGCCCUUGGGCAGCAACAAUCGUUCUCGUAAAGAAAAAAGAUGGAAGCCUCCGGUUCUGCAUCGACUAUCGCAGGCUAAACAACAUAACGAAGAAAGAUGUCUACCGAGCACCUCCACCAGUUGUCAUGCAGCCGCGACGAUGA